GAUCCCAGAAUAUUUUUGGUAAAAGCAUCAGCUUUUUUGUUCCUGGACUAGAUAUCUUGAAAACCGGUUCCAAGGUUUGAGGUUUUCUGCAACCAUGAUCCAGCUGCUGACCUUUGCCACUGCUAUCUCUGUAGCAGUGCUCGCUGCAGAAGCAGCUCACCAGCUGUACAACGUUGUUGAUGAACAAGAGAUGUGCCAUUAUCCAACUCAUAUCAAGUGCUGGACGCCCUGGUUUGAAAACCCCUCCGGGACAAUAGAUAAGGAGGCCAUGGUCAACCUUCGGCUGAAGAAUCCAGGAAAGAUCUGCCCCACACCUGUUGAAAUAGAAAUCUCAAACACGAUAAGUCUUGGUCCACCUGGAGAUCUGGAUACUGCAGCUAACAUGACGUCUUCGAUAUGCCAGAGUCAGCCAAGCUUUUGUCAGGAAUACAGCAUUCACUUCAAUCGUGUCCGUUUCAGCUGUCACCCGCCAUUCUGUAAGGACAAAGAUGAACAAUUUUACCUGGGCCGUGUGUGCUGGACCAUAUGGCUCAACCGAGACACGCCCAGAAUUAAAGGGGAUUCGGAGGAUUUCGCUCAUCUGAAAUCUGACUACAAAAAUAUCAUUUGUGAUACCCCUCUCUUCAUAGAGGGUGUUACUAGAGAUGAGCAUAUUCCAGCCACUGAAACUGGGGAUUAUUUCUUGAACUACAGUCCAACUGAGGGAUUAGUCUGUCGCAAUAAUGACCAGAAGCAGAAGUCUUGCCAAGAUUACAUAGUGAGAUUUGGAUGCCCAUGCAAAAACUGACCUCCCUUGAGUGACAACAUCAGCAGCGGUCAGCACUCCUGCCCAGAGAUCACAUACUGAGUAAGACCACUGCCUCUGGAGCCAUUUGUACUUGGACAGAGUCCCACCAGCUUCUUCUGUACUAUGUCUGCCAUUAAUCUGUGUCUCUCGCAGCUUCCUUUCUGCCUCAAUACAAGGGAAAAAUGAAGAAAGAGAGUGAGUGAGUUGAGUACUUUGAGUGGACUGUGCACAUUUCUUUUAAAGUUCCUUUAUGUUUAUAAGUAAUAGUUACAUAUAUUGAUAUUUUAACAUCUCAUAUUGUACCAUUUCUAAGAGCAGCAGUUCUGGUUUGCAUGAACUGACCUUCCUACUUAGCUAUACCACAGAAGGUCAACUGAAAUAACUGAAUGACUAAUUUUUCGUGAAUGAUGUAGUCGAAGGAGAAGUAUUUUUUUUUUUUUUUACCAUCAUACAUGUGAAUAAAUACAAAGAGCUUAAUACAAAACCAUUGCUCUAUUGUAUAAUGGUUAACAUUUUAUGUAAGCCUCAA